GAGGUCCGUGGGCUGCAGCCAUGCUGUCCCUGGAUGAGCCAUUGGACCUAAUGCUCCCCCGGGGGUGUGUCAACGGGCGGGACAGGGGUGCACGGCCACCCCCCACCCUCACGCUCUCUCCGAUACCCUUCAAGCGCUCCCGGCAGCUCCGCAUGGCUGAUGAUGGCACAGCCGUCAUAGUGCCCGCCUCCCCGGCCUCGCCACACACAGGUGUGUUGGUGGUCUCCCGGGAGAGGCCAGAGACACCCCCCACCCCGCCAGCCGUGGACCUCAGUACGUCCCCCUCCUCCCGCCACACCUCCAGCUCCCCAGAGAUGACCAACGGAAACGGGGUCUCCCACCACAUCAUUGCAGGGGACUCAGCUCACAUCCAUUAUGUGGAGAGCAGAGCCUCCUCGCAGGCCUUCCAGUUCUUCGUGCCGAUUGGUGCUGGGGCCGGACUCCACCUGCCGUCAUCCAUGUUCAUUGGCCAGCCCAACGACAAGCGGGCCUCUCCCGAUCUCUCAGCAGACGAACAGCUGGCCUGUCGCUGGAGGAAGUGCCAUCUUCUCUUUGAGUCCCUGCAAGACCUUGUGGACCACGUCAACGACUUCCACGUCAAACCUGAAAAGGAUUCUGGGUAUUGCUGCCACUGGGACGGCUGCGCUCGCAGAGGGCGGGGCUUCAACGCUAGGUACAAGAUGCUUAUCCAUAUCCGUACACACACCAAUGAGAAGCCUCACCGCUGCCCCACCUGCAACAAGAGCUUCUCUCGCCUGGAGAACCUCAAGAUACACAACCGCUCACACACAGGUGAGAAGCCCUACAUCUGUCCAUACGAGGGCUGCAGCAAGCGCUACUCCAACUCCAGCGACCGCUUCAAGCACACGCGUACCCACUACGUGGACAAGCCCUACUACUGCAAGAUGGCCGGCUGCCUGAAGCGAUACACAGACCCUAGCUCUCUCCGUAAGCACAUCAAGGCCCACGGCCACUCUGUAGCCCAGGAGCAAGGCUGUCCGGGUGGGCUGAGCUCCCUGCUCAAGGUGGGUCCCCUGGGGGUGGGGAUGGGUGGAAGAGGGGGUAAGCUGGGGGAGUCGGAGCUGAGCUACAUCAGUGGGGCCCAUAUCAUCAUCCCCAGCGCCGCUGCCGCUCUCCUGGGGGGCCACGCUCUGCAGGGCCUGGCGGGCUCCAUGCCUCUAUCCCCCCUCGCCCCCCGGCCCCUGGACCUGAGCACGCUGGGGGGGUGCCCCAGCUCCCCUUGCACCACCUCCAUCCUGUCUUUCAAUGGUUCUCCUCUGAGCCUGGCCACCAAGUCGUCCCUGGGGCACUCCCCGGCCUUCCCCUCUUCAGCCCUGGGGCUGGGGCCCACCAUGGUGCCCGUGUCCCUAGGAGGAUCCAUGGGGUCGUCCGCCUCAGAGCGCAGGGCCCACCACCACGGGUGUCACCACAAGGGGAAAAUUGGGGGUGGGGGGGAGGAGGGGAAGAACAAGCUUCAUCGUGGGGGGGUGCUGAACCUCUCCACGGGGGCCUCCCACGACCCCCUGUCCUGGGUGGUCAUCCCCUCCGGCACGGUUGUGCUUAAGCCAGCUGUUGUCAACUAACACACACACACACACACACACACACACACACACACACACACACACACACACACACACACACACACACACACACACACACACACACACACACACACACACACACACACACACACACACACACACACACAUUCCAGAGGAACUGAAGGGGGGCUGAGAAAAUGUAGAAAAAGGUAGAUAAAAAUUGACGUGAAAAGAAAGAAAGUCCACUUUCAGCAACUUAAACUUAACAACAAAGUCCACACCUCAGUUUGUAAAAUUGUCUCGGACAAAAAAAACUGAGGUAUCUGGCACUGCUAUCUUUACAUUUAUCCAGCACAUCUUGGGACCAUCAACAACUCAGAAAUACAUUUCAAUCAUGUGUCGUUUUGUAUUAUUUAAUAAGGCUUGAAAGAAAAUGCAACAGCGGCCCUCCUCACCUCUUCCCCACAUUCUCUGUCUCUGGCGUUCCCUUUGUUUCUGGACUUGCUCCAUGGAAAGGACAGUCUUCUAAUGCUCUGUGUCCUUCCUCAAGCUCCAUCUCAUGUGUAUGUAUUGAUGACAGCCUUCUAAUGCUCUGUGUCCUUCCUCAAGCUCCAUCUCAUGUGUAUGUAUUGAUGAUGUUCAUGUUGACAGUGUGCUCUGUGGCCGAGCAGUGAGGUAGACACACAAAUGAAACAGUAGGAGGCGCUCACUGCUAGGCUAGCAACACACAGUACGUUAGCAACACACAGUACGUUAGCAACACACAGUACGUUAGCAACACACAGUACGUUAGCAACACACAGUACGUUAGCAACACACAGUACGUCCCCAUUCCACUGCUUUAAAGGUUACACAAACUACUUCCUACAAAGUGCUGUGAACACAAUUGGACAAACUUCCUGUUUUAUCGGAAGUGAAGUCAAACUGAUUUAGAAGGGGAUUACGGAUUAAUUGACUGCAUCUCCUUACUUUAAAUAGUAGGGAGGUGCUAUUGGAUGUCAAUCAGAAUGACAUCCCACCAAGGAGCACCCAACCCCCUUUUAGUCAGAACAUCAACCCAGGCGAUAGUGAUGUAAACCUCACAACUGCUGCUAACCUCUCAAAAACUCUCCUCAAACAUGACCGAAACUAAACGUGAGCACUUUGAUGACUAUUUUUGACAAUCUUUUCCCGAUUCGGGGAGGGUGACCAUCGUGGACCAGCCCUUUCCACAAUGACAUGUCACGGGCUUGUUGUUGCACACUGGGGGCUUGUGUAAGGACGCAGAGCAACUCAAGUCUUAGAAGGCAGACAAACGGUGUUAUAUCACCCAGCAAAUGACCAAUAUUCUUCUUCUUCUUCUUCUUCAUCACGGUAACGUCUAUGGCACAGGUGUUGUUAUGUAACCCCCUGGUGGACAGGUGAAUUACUCCGGUCAGUCAGCCUCCCAGUCCAAUCUAUUAUUGUCCACAACAAAUCUACUUCUAAAUGACACAGUGAGUUAAGUACUGGGUAUGAAAGGUCCACUGCUGAAGUAACACACUGUGUUGUGGAACAGUGUUGAAAUGACCUUUCAUUAAAAGCAGCUGUGUAAAACAGGUGGCUGUCCAGUGAAGAGUCCUGAGUCCUUGUGGAGUUGGCUGUUGGUUGCUUUGUCCCGAGUUCAACAGUCCCACAUUGUGCCAAAAAAAGAUCCAUCCUUGAGGGUAGACUGGGAGCUGUGUAUCCUGAACCACAGGGUGUGUGACACAGGCUGAUUGACACUAUAGGGCUGACUCAAACCGUACCGUGCUGGCUGGGAUCUUCUUUUCACAGUGUUCUGUUUAGCAUGGUUCAGCAUCAUGGCGUAACCAGGCCAGGCUGCUACAGUAAGACAUGGUUUGGUCCUACGGUGUGAAUCAGGCUUUACUGCUACGUACAGCUGGGCUGGUCACAGGACACAGCCACACUACAAACUGACUCACUUCACUUUUCCAAGGAAGUGGUGUUCAUUCACAGACUUUAGAACAAUUGACUGAUGUUAGAAUCCGUAUGGUUGGAUUGAUGCAUUCAACAUGCACUUAUACCGUACAAAACCAGUGUCUUUGUUACGUUUUACAAAACAUGGAACUGCCAACUUGUACUUGUGGCUCUCUGGAAACAUUCUGUCUUUCUCUUUCCAUCUUCACUAUCUUGGUUUUCCCUUCAUUUACGCUCAGGCUUGAAACGGCCACCUUUCUCUGUGGACUCUGGGGUCCUUCCAUAAGCUGGAGUCGCAGAGAUAUGAUGGAUGUAGAAUGUUGAGUGAACCAUGUUAUGUGGGUAUAGGAGGGGAGGUGAGAGGAGAAGAGGACAGGUGAGAGGAGCAUCUCAACACAAGAAACAUUCCCCUGAAGAGCCAAAUACCCCUCCCCCUCUACUCACUCUCUCUCCAUCUUUCUUUAAAGGUCUUACAUUUCCAUUUUCCAUGACGGUAUGUCCAUACUUUAUUUUCCAUACGGUAUGUCCAUACUUUAUUUUCCAUACGGUAUGUCCAUACUUUAUUUUCCAUACAGUAUGUCCAUACCUUAUUUUCCAUACGGUAUGU